AUGGGCUACAACGAAGAACCCAAAAAUCCAAUUGACCGAGUGACAACAACAACAUCCAUCACAGCAGCAGAUGAUGUCAAAUCAUCAAGUGAUGUCGCUCCUGGAGAUACAGCUUUAGCCAAUGCUGCUUUUCGGUAUAAAAUGAUUGCUCUUAUCACAGCAUUAAUGCUUCCAGUGGGAUCCCAUUUUUCUGGUACAGCAUUAGGUGCGAUGAAAUCCGAAUUGAAAAAUCAUUUAGGGAUUGACAAUACACGUUAUGGUGUCGUAUCAGCAUCGGUAUCCAUUGUCAACACGAUCUUUCCUGUAGCGGGUGGCAUCUUUAUUGAUCGAUUUGGCUCUGUAUGGGGCACCUUGGGUGUUUCCUUAUGUAUUAUCACCGGUAGUCUUCUUACAGCGCUUGCUGGCCGUUUGACCUCGUUUCCUCUCAUGGUGGCAGGCCGUGUGAUCUUCGGUAUUGGCAGCGGGUUGAUUGUCACGAUGCAAGAAUCAUUACUCUCGAAAUGGUUUCGUACCCAAAGUCUCUCGAUUGCCAUUGGGAUCCAGCUCUCAGUGAGUCAACUCGCUUCAUUUCUCGGCACAUUGGCUGCCAAUCCAUUAGCAGCACGCACAGGCAAUUGGGUAUGGCCUUUUUGGUUAUCCUUGAUCCUUUGUGGGUUUUCAAUGAUCAUGAAUGUCGUUUAUGCAUUGAUGGUACGCCAUUUGAGCGGCAAUGGCAAGAAGGAGGGGGCCACUACGACUACUGCUACUACAACAAGACGCAAAAAGUUCCAGUUUCGAUCCAUCCUAAAGUUUCCAUGGUUGUUUUGGCUCAUCAUUACAAUCGAAUUUCUUUAUGCAGCCGUGUGGUCCUCUUUCCAAACCAUCAGCACAGAACUUGUUCAGGUUCAUUUUGGAACUACCAGUGUCAUUGCAGGUUACAAGGCCAGUGCUUCCGUGGUCGUGCCGAUCGUAGCUACGCCCAUACUAGGCCUUAUCAUGGACUUGUUUGGUUUCCGUAUUUGCAUUUUGCUCUUAUCAUCCAUUUUCCUUAUCCUCAGCUCGGCAUUAUUGGGAUGGACCUAUGUUGAUGCGGUGGUGGGAAUGGUAUUCUAUUCCAUAUCCUUGGCUUUUGGUCCUAUUGCCAUGAUUACAUCCAUUGGCAUGGUUUUGCCAUCCGAUUACAUUGGCACAGGUCUCGGUCUUUACAAAUCAUCCAACAAUAUUGGUACAUGCAUCCUGGAUAUCAUCGUUGGCGUUAUACAAGAUCGCACAGCCAACCAAGGCUACACAGGUGUCAUGCUUCUCUAUAUUAUACUAGCUGCCAUUGGAUUUAUUCUUAUCACGUCAUUACUGAUAUCCCAAAGGAUAUGCUUAAACAAUUUGCUGGAGACGAAGAGAAACAAGCGACUCUUAAUGAUGAAAGAAAAGCACGAGCAAGAGAUGGAACUGAUAUCCAGUGGCAAGGACGCCUUUUCUAAUUCAAGCACUAUCAAGCCUAUCAGCUGUGCCUUUGCCAUUCUUCUUGGAUGUGCGCUCAUUGUUGCAUGGGUUCUUUUCUUUGUCUAUGCAGCAAGUGGGAAAACGCAAUCAUAA